AUGGAGUCUGAACAAAGAUGCGUCGUUCUUGUUUCGAGCGAAGGAGAGGAAUUCAAGGUGCCUAGGGAAGUUGCUUCUGCUUCUUUGCUCGUCAAGUCUAUGACAGAAGAUGGAGACGACACAGAUGUAGUUCCUUUGCCUAAAGUUAGCAGUUAUAUCCUCAAGAAAGUCGUGGAGUAUUGUACGCAUCAUCAUGACAAUCCUCCAGAAGAUAUUCCUACGCCUCUCAAGACCAGCAACCUCGCAGAGGUUGUAUCUGAAUUUGACUUCAACUUUGUUAAUGUUGAGCAAACAGUUCUUUUUGAUUUGCUGCUAGCAGCAGAUUAUCUCAACAUUCCUUCCUUACUCCUCCUUACCUCCGCCAAGGUUGCAUCCAUGAUUAAAGGCAGGAGCCCCGAGGAAAUCCGCAGGGAAUUUAACAUUGUCAACGACUUUACUCCAGAAGAGGAGGCCCAGUACCAGCAGCAGCAGCAGCAGCAGCAGCAGCAGCCCGCUGUACAGCUAUAA